AUGGCUCCUUCGGCUAUAAGUCCACCUUUGGACUCAUAUAACCAGAGAAGCAGUGAUCAGAAUGGUGGCAUCAUAUAUUUCAACGGCUAUUCAGAGAACAUGUCCAACCAUGAAUCAGUUUCACGUGUUUCCUCUUCAGACUCAGUAUUAGAUCUCUUAUGCAUCGGGUUCGGACCAGCUUCUCUCGCAAUCGCCAUUGCACUCAAAGACAAACAACCAGAAUCAGCACAAAAUGUGUUAUUCCUCGAAAAGCAGCCACAAUUCGCGUGGCACGCGGGUAUGCAACUCCCAGGCGCAAAGAUGCAAAUCUCAUUCUUGAAAGAUCUUGCUACACCGAGAAAUCCUCGGUCACAUUUUACGUUUAUCAACUACCUAUUCUCAAAAGGUCGUCUGAAUCACUUCAUCAACCUUUCAACUUUCUUACCCAGCAGGAUGGAAUAUGAAGACUACCUACGAUGGUGCGCCGGUCACUUCGAGAAAGAAGGAAAAGUUGCGUACGGAAUGCAAGUCGAGGACGUCGAGGGCGGAGAACGCGAUUCAAAAGGCAAAAUCCUAAACUGGAAAGUCACCGCGCUCUCUCAGAAUGGCGAAAGAAUCCAGCGAAAAGCCAGGCACGUAGUCAUUGCCGUAGGCGGUCGACCAGUCAUCCCUCAAAACCUGCAAGGUCUAAAACACGUCGCCCAUUCAAGUCAAUUCGCGUCUUCAAUCGGCCAGAUCCAACAACGCGAGAAAGGACGAAAUCCCAGAUUCGUAGUCCUAGGAAGCGGUCAGUCAGCCGCGGAAAUCUAUAAUGAUCUCAGUGAACGAUUCCCAGAUUCUCAGGUCAGACUCGUCAUCAAAGGCGCUUCUCUACGCCCUAGCGAUGACAGUCCUUUCGUCAACGAAAUCUUCGACCCCGACCGCGUCGACGGAAUCUACUCACAAGACCCCACUGUACGCGCAGCAGCCCUCUCCCUAGACCGGGGCACCAACUACGGCGUCGUGCGCCUCGAACUCCUCGAGCACCUUUACGAAAAACUAUAUCUCCAGCGCAUGAAGUCCUCCGACCAAGAAACAUGGCGCUGUCGCAUCCUGCCCAACCGGAUGGUCGUCAGUGCCGAACCCAGCACCGGGUCUUCUGUACUCCUCAGGUUUCAGUGUAAAGAUGGAGGCGAGGAGGAGAUGGAAGCGGAUUACGUGUUUGCGGCGACGGGAUACCGACGGAAUGUUCAUGAGGAUAUGUUGGGGUCCGUGAGGGAUCUUGUGGUGGAGGAGGGGGGGAAGAUGGGGGUGAGGAGGGAUUAUGGGGUUAGAUUUACGGAGGGGAGUGUUGAUGAGGGGGCGGGUGUUUGGUUGCAGGGUUGUAAUGAGGGGACGCACGGGUUGAGUGAUACGCUUCUUUCCAUUUUAGCGGUUAGGGGCGGUGAGUUGGUUGAUAGCAUUUUUGGCGGAGGUGCUUAG